AUGCGUCCAGAAGUAGAACAAGAACUUUCCCACGUUCUUCUGACUGAGCUGCUGGCCUACCAGUUUGCCUCUCCUGUCAGAUGGAUUGAAACCCAAGACGUUUUCCUCAAGGACUACAACACUGAGAGAGUCGUUGAGAUCGGUCCUUCGCCAACUUUGGCUGGAAUGGCCUCCAGAACGAUCAAGGCCAAGUAUGAGUCUUAUGAUGCUGCUCUGUCUUUGCAAAGACAAGUUUUGUGCUACGCAAAGGACACCAAGGAGAUCUACUACACUCCUGACCCGGCAGAUAUUGCUCCUCCAAUCAAGGAAGAGGCAGAAACUUCUGCCGCUGCUACUUCCUCUUCUGCUCCAGCUGCUGCUGCCCCUGUUUCCGCAGCUCCUGCUGCCGCUCCCUCUGGACCUGUUGCUGAAAUUCCUGACGAACCAGUUAAAGCUGCUCUGGUAUUGCACGUUUUGGUAGCCCACAAACUGAAGAAGUCUUUGGACGCUGUGCCAUUGUCAAAGGCCAUCAAGGAUUUGGUCGGUGGUAAGUCCACUGUUCAGAAUGAAAUUCUUGGUGACUUGGGUAAAGAGUUUGGCUCGACUCCAGAAAAACCAGAAGACACUCCUUUGCAAGAGUUGGCCGAACAAUUCCAAGACACAUUCCCAGGAAGUUUGGGUAAACAGACCGGUUCUUUGGUUAAUAGAUUGAUGUCUUCCAAGAUGCCUGGUGGAUUUUCUCUUUCCGUUGCAAGAAAGUACCUCCAAACCAGGUGGGGUUUGGGCCCUGGAAGACAGGACUCAGUCCUCUUAGUCGCUCUUGUCAACGAACCUGGUGCUCGUUUGUCCUCUGAUGGUGAAGCCAAGGAAUUCUUGGACUCAUGUGCUCAAAAGUACGCUUCUGGUGCCGGUAUUACUUUGGCUCAAGCUGCCGCUGGUGGUGCUGGAUCGUCUGGCGCCGGUGGUGCGGUUAUCGAUGCUGAGGCCUUCGAAGAACUUACCAAGGACAACAGAGUUCUUGCCAGACAACAAUUAGAGGUUCUUGCCAGGUAUCUCAAAUACGACCUUACUAAGGGAGAGAAAUCUCUCGUCAAGGAGAAAGAAGCUUCCAGCCUUUUGCAACAAGAGCUCGAUUUGUGGGCAGAAGAGCAUGGUGAAAUUUAUGCUCAAGGUAUUAAGCCUGUAUUUUCUCAUCUGAAAGCCAGAACUUACGACUCCUACUGGAACUGGGCUAGACAAGAUGCUUUAUCCAUGUACUUUGACAUUAUCUUUGGUAAGUUGACCGAUGUUGACAGAGAGACCGUUUCACAAUGUAUUCAAUUGAUGAACCGUUCCAACCCUACAUUAAUCAAGUUCAUGCAAUACCACAUUGACCAUUGUCCAGAAUACAAAGGUGAGACCUAUCAACUGGCUAAGUCUCUUGGCCAACAGUUGAUCGACAACUGUAUCCAAGUUGCCAACCAAGAUCCAGUUUAUAAAGAUAUCUCUUACCCAACCGGCCCUCACACUGAAGUUGACAGCAAGGGUAAUAUUGUUUACAAGGAAGUCAACAGAAAGAGUGUCCGCAAGUUGGAACAAUACGUCUUUGAAAUGUCUCAAGGUGGUGAAUUAACCAAAGAGGUUCAACCAACUAUCCAAGAAGACUUGGCCAAGAUCUAUGAGGCUUUGAAUAAACAGGCUUCUACUGAGAGUCAACUGGAAUUCAACAAACUGUACAAUUCUUUGAUCGAGUUUGUUGAAAAAUCCAAGGAAAUCGAAGUUUCGAAGUCUAUUAACGCUGUUCUUGCCUCUAAGUCAUCUGAUAGCGAUAGGAGCGCCGAGAUUUCUUCACUAUCGGAGAAAACUUCUAUUGUUGACCCUGUUUCUGGUGGCAUUCCACCAGAGACAGUGCCGUUUCUGCACUUAAAGAAGAAGUUGCCUUCGGGUGAAUGGGUCUUCGACAGAGACACGUCUGCUCUCUUCUUGGACGGACUCCAAAAGGGUGCUGUGAAUGGUAUCUCUUACAAAGGUAAGAACGUUCUUAUUACUGGUGCUGGUGCGGGAUCCAUCGGUGCUGAAGUUCUUCAAGGUCUGAUCUCAGGUGGUGCCAAGGUUAUUGUUACGACCUCUAGAUUCUCCAAGAAGGUCACAGAAUACUAUCAGGACAUAUAUGCCAGAUUCGGUGCUGCUGGUUCUUGUCUGAUCGUCGUUCCGUUCAACCAAGGUUCUAAACAAGAUGUUGAAGCUUUGAUUGACUACAUCUAUCGUGAUGUCAAAGAUGAAGGUCUUGGAUGGGAUUUGGACGCAGUUAUUCCAUUUGCUGCAAUUCCUGAAGCAGGAAUUGAAAUUGACGAGCUUGGUUCCAAGAGUGAAUUGGCUCACAGAAUCAUGUUGACAAACUUACUGAGAUUGUUAGGUGAAGUUAAGAAGCAAAAAUUUACUAGAGCUAUCAACACCAGACCUGCGCAAAUUAUUCUUCCUCUUUCCCCCAACCAUGGAACUUUUGGUUCAGACGGUUUGUACUCGGAGUCCAAGCUGGGUUUAGAAACUUUGUUCAACAGAUGGUACUCUGAAUCAUGGAGUGAACAGCUUACUGUCUGUGGUGCCAUCAUUGGUUGGACCCGUGGUACUGGUUUGAUGUCAGGUAACAACAUCAUUGCAGAAGGUCUUGAAAAGUUGGGAGUCAGAACUUUCUCCCAGAAGGAAAUGGCUUUCAACAUCUUGGGUUUGAUGACACCAGAGUUGACUGAAAUGUGCCAGAAUGGACCUGUUGUAGCCGAUUUGAAUGGUGGUCUUCAAUUUAUUGAGAACUUGCGUGAAUACACUGCACAGUUGAGAAAUGAGAUCUAUGAGACCUCUGAAGUCAGAAGAGCUGUUUCAAUUGAAACUGGUAUCGAAACUAGGGUUGUCAAUGGAGAGAAUGCUGAUGCCCCAUACCAGAAAGCCAGAAUCGAACCAAGAGCAAAUCUGAAGUUUGAGUUUCCACCUUUGAAAUCUCACAAGGAAAUUCAAAACAAGGCUCCAGGUUUGGAGGGCUUGCUUGAUUUGGAAAGAGUGAUUGUUGUCACCGGUUUCGGUGAAGUAUCUCCUUGGGGUAACACUAGAACAAGAUGGGAAAUGGAGGCUUUUGGUGAAUUUUCCAUUGAAGGUUGUUUAGAAAUGGCCUGGAUCAUGGGUUUUAUCAAGUACCACAACGGUAACUUGAAGGGUAAGCCAUACACCGGUUGGAUUGACGCCAAAACCAACGAGCCAGUUGAGGACAAAGAUAUCAAGAAGAAAUACGAAGAAGAGAUUUUAGCUCAUGCCGGUAUCAGAUUGAUCGAGCCAGAGCUCUUCCGUGGUUACAACCCAGAAAAGAAGGAAUUGAUCCAGGAGGUUAUUAUCGAACAGGACAUGGCUCCUUUCGUCACAGAUGAAUCUACUGCCCAACAGUACAAACUACAACACGAGGAUGCUGUCGAUAUUUUAAAGUCUGAGGAAUCUGACGAGUACACUGUUACUUUCAAGAAGGGUGCUCGUUUAUUUGUUCCAAAAGCUUUGAGAUUUGACAGAUUGGUUGCUGGACAAAUUCCUACAGGAUGGGAUGCUAAGCGAUACGGUAUUUCUGAAGACACAAUUUCUCAAGUUGAUCCCGUCACUUUAUAUGCUUUAGUUUCUACCAUUGAGGCAUUGCUGUCUGCUGGUAUUACUGAUCCGUAUGAAUUUUACAAGUAUGUUCACGUUUCUGAAGUCGGUAACUGUUCCGGUUCAGGUAUGGGUGGUGUUAGUGCUUUGAGAGGAAUGUUCAGGGACAGAUAUUCCGACAAGCCUGUUCAGAAUGAUAUUUUGCAGGAAUCUUUCAUCAACACUAUGUCUGCUUGGGUUAACAUGUUACUUUUGUCUUCAUCCGGUCCGAUUAAGACUCCCGUUGGUGCUUGUGCCACCGCUGUAGAAUCCGUUGAUAUCGGUGUUGAGACCAUUUUGUCUGGAAAGGCAAAGAUUUGUUUAGUCGGUGGUUACGAUGACUUUCAAGAAGAAGGUUCUUAUGAGUUUGCCAAUAUGAACGCUACGUCCAACUCCCUUGACGAGUUUGACCACGGUAGAACCCCUCAGGAGAUGUCUCGUCCUGCCACUACAACCCGUAAUGGGUUUAUGGAGGCCCAGGGUUCAGGUACUCAAGUCAUCAUGAACGCUGAGUUAGCAAUUAAGAUGGGUGUACCAAUCUAUGCUAUUGUCGCCUUGACUGCCACUGCAACCGACAAGAUUGGUAGAUCUGUGCCAGCUCCAGGAAAGGGUAUAUUAACCACCGCUCGUGAGCACCACGGGUCGUUGAAAACUAAGUCUCCAAAGUUGGAUAUCAAGUACCGUACCAGGCAACUAAACAAGCGUAAGGAUCAAAUCAAGCAAUGGGUUGAAGACGAACUUGAGUACAUAAGAGAGGAAGCUGCCGAGUUGGCAAACUCUGAUGCUAAGUUUGAUGCCGUUUCAUUCGUUUCUGAGCGUACUGAAGAAGUUUAUAGAGAGGCUACUAAACAGGUCAAGAUGGCCCAACAAGAAUGGGGUAACGAGUUCUGGAAGAACGAUCCAAGAAUUGCUCCUUUGCGUGGUGCGUUGGCUACUUUUAACUUGACAGUUGAUGAUCUUGGCGUUGCUUCCUUCCAUGGAACUUCUACCAAGGCCAACGAUAAGAAUGAGUCUAUUACCAUCAAUAAGAUGAUGCAACACUUAGGUAGAUCAGAGGGUAACCCAGUGUUUGGUGUUUUCCAGAAGUAUUUGACUGGUCAUCCUAAGGGUGCUGCUGGAGCUUGGAUGUUGAAUGGUGCUAUCCAAAUUUUACAGACUGGUAUUGUUCCAGGUAAUAGAAACGCCGACAACGUUGACAAAAUUUUGGAAGACUUUGAAUAUGUCUUAUAUCCAUCUAGAUCUAUUCAAACUGACGGUAUCAAAGCUUGUUCUGUUACAUCUUUUGGAUUUGGUCAAAAGGGAGGGCAAGCUAUCGUUGUUCAUCCAGACUACUUGUUUGCUUCUUUGGAUAGUGAAACCUUUGAGGAGUACAAGACUAAGGUUGAAGCUCGUUACAAGUCCACCUACCGCUACAUGCACAAUGCUAUCAUUAGAAAUACCAUGUUUGUUGCUAAGAGUGAUCCUCCAUACACUGAUGAACUUGAGCAACCAGUUUACUUGGACCCAUUGGCCCGUGUCAACAACUGUAAAAAGAACCCAAGCAAAUUGGUCUUCGUCAAUGCUGAUGUUCAAUCGAAACAGAAUUUUGUCGGAAAGUCAGCCAAUGACACUGCAAAAGUCAUUAGCAGUCUGACUAGCGAUGUCACAUCUGGUGGUAAAGGUGUUGGUGUCGAUGUUGAGCUGAUUUCAGCUAUCAACAAUGAGAAUCACACUUUCAUCGAAAGAAAUUUCACUGAGAACGAAAUCUCUUAUUGCGCUUCUGCUCCAUCGUCCAAGUCAUCGCUUGCAGGAACCUGGUCUGCUAAAGAGGCUGUUUUCAAGGCUUUGGGUGUCGAGUCCAAGGGUGCUGGUGCUUCUUUAAAGGACAUUGAGAUCGUUAGGGACAGCAAGGGUGCCCCAACUGUUGUACUACACGGGGAUGCCAAGUCUGCUGCUUCUGCUGCUGGAGUUAAGAACGUCAAGGUGUCUAUUUCUCAUGACGACGUCCAGUCAGUAGCUGUUGCUAUCAGUGAAUUUUAG